UUUACUUGCAAAGAAACUAGCGUCUGCAUAUACUGCAGUACUUUUUUAUCAUGCUUGUCGUUGACCGGCUUUUGUCUUUCUUGGUUUCUUUUUUACCAUUUUGUUCCUGUAGUACCGGUGUAACCAUGGACGCACUGACUGCCAACAGAAUGCUGCCAAAGUGAGGCGUCCUUUGGGUCAGUUAAUCUCCUAUAGGGACAGUGAGGUGAAGCAUGGUGAAGCAGCUCGCAAAGUAAACGCCCAUUGUAUCUGGUGUAUACAGGGGGCUAUUUGUAAGCCUGGCUUUACCACACUGUGGGCAGGCCAGUUGGUAAACACAGCACAGCAGUUCAACUUACAUGUAACUCAUCAUCAUCGGGAGGGUUUAAUUGCAGGCCCACUGCCAUAAGCUAGGCUGCCAACGUUUGCAUAAGUAAAAAGUGCAUUGUAAAAUCACUUCCAGCUCUUCCAGUCUCCACCACAUUUGGGCUUUUCUCCGAGGGCUCGUCCAGAGACAGCUCAAAGACAGAAUGGCAUACACGCAUGCCAGCAAAUUUGUAUUCAACACCCCCAAGACAUACCAAUCACCUGGAGUGGGGAGUGGGCCUAGCAAGCUGAGAUCUCCAACCCCAUCCAGAUGGGACACCAUGAGAGAGGAGCUUGGUCUAUCAGACGAUGAUUAUCUGAACAGCGACAGUGAGUCUGGCGACGAAAAUGAAGCCAAUGGAUAUGGCCAAGUAUCCAGGGAGGAUGUUGAGGCUUUGCGGAGGGAACUGGAAGAGAAAGACAAACAGAGAGAAGACCUGAUUCUCCAAGUCAAGAACUUCAGAGAAAACGCCAAAAAGUACAGGGCACGAUGCGAGAAGGAGCAGGCUAACAAGUGGCAGCAGAUCAAGAUAAUGAAGAAGACUCACGAGUCCCAUCUUGACGAGAAGCGACAACUCAUUCGUAACCUCCAGGACAUCAUCGAGGAGCAGGAAGGUCGGAUAUACGAGCUGGAGAGCGAGAUCAAAGGCAACAGCAGCCCCACUCCCAGUGCACCAAACCUCUCGGAGCACGUGCAGAAGCUAGCCAGCUCCCUGGACCGGCUGCAAACCGAAAUGGCGGGUAUCCGGGAGAAGCAACUGGCUGCUGAGCACCAGCUGGUCGCCAUGGAGCAGGACCACGAGAACGAGAAGAGGGGCAUCCAGGAGGACAUGGCCCAGCUCCGGUCAGAGCUGAAAGACGCCCAGGGGAUGAUACAGACACUGAGCAAUGGAGACGCUAUACCGUCUGGUACAGACAACGAGAAAGAGAUAGAGCUACUGAAGAUGGAACUUCUCAAGUACGAGGAUGAACUCAGGAGAGCGAAGGCAAUGCAGGAAGAGGCCGCUCGAGAGCAGGCCCGGAGGAGCGAGGAGAGGAUCCGCUCACUCCAGGAGGAGAUCAAACGGUACAGAGAUGAUCUGGAGGCGGCCAAAAGGGCGGAGGAGAGGUCGGCUCGGGAUCAGGCCGCAAGAGGUGAUCAAGAGUUGGACGCGCUCCGGGAAGAGCUGCAGAGGUAUGAGGACGAGUUGACGAGUACCAGGACCUCACAGGAGAAGAUGGCUCAUGAGCAGGCAGAGGCAUCUCGGCAGGAUGCUGCUAUCAUCAAGAAAUUUGAGCUUGAAAAUAGCCGGCUGAAGGACCGGAUCCUGGAGCUUGAGGCUGACGUGGCCACCAAGUCCAAGAUCAUGGCCGAAACAAAGGCCAGUCACAAGAAGCAACAGCAGCAUCUGGAGCGGGCCAUCACAGAGCAGGCGGCUCGCCUGAAGGAAGUCGAGCUGGAGUUCUCAGAACUAAAAGGGAAUCCGCAGGUAGUUGAAGUUGUCAAGACAGUGACCGUAGAGUCAGAGGAGGCCAAACAGGCUCUGAUUGCCUCCCAAGGAACCAAUGCCCAACUCAGGCAGCAAGUCUCCGCACUCAGGCAGUCGUGCGAGGCGACAGAAAAACAGUUGAAGCACUCUAAGACGCAUGUGUUAGCUCUGCAAGAGAGGUUGAAGGAGCAGGAAUCCCAGAUGGCCGUCUUGGACCAGGAGCUCCAGUCUGUCUUGGAGCGGUCGGCGGCCGAAGUCUCUGACGCCCGCAAGCAGGGAGAGGAGACUGCCCGAGCACUCAGCCAGCGCUUUACUGCCCUUCAGACCAAGUUUGCCCACCUCCGUCCCGGCCUCUUGACCGUUGCUCAGGAGUACCAGCAGUUGCGGUCACUCUGCGGCCAGUUCCCCUCGAUGCUGAAGGCAGCUAUCGCUCAGGCCAAGGAAGAGAUCGGAAAGGCCUUGGCAGAUAUCACUGAGCACAACCGGGAACUGGUCCAGAAGUACCACCGGGAGAUGGCGCUGCGAAAGAAAUACCACAAUGAGAUCAUCGACCUGAAGGGGAGCAUCCGCGUCUUCUGUAGGGUCCGGCCCAUCAUCAAGGAGGAUGGGGCGGGUGCCCUGGCCAAGAAUGCCGUCUCCUUGGAUGCCGACGAUGACGCUCUCCUCUACCUCCAGAAUAAGGGCCGGUCGACGACCUUCGAGGUCGACAAGGUGUUCUCGGCCGAGUCGACCCAGGAGCAGGUAUUCCACGAAGUGGAGCCCCUUGUAGUGUCCAGCAUUGACGGGUACAACGUAUGCAUCUUUGCAUAUGGCCAAACAGGGUCAGGCAAAACCUACACCAUGGAGGGCCCUUCAAGCAACCCUGGUAUCAAUCAGAGAGCACUUCAGCGCCUCUUCCAAGAGACGGAGCAGAGGAGCGACGAAUGGGAUUACACCAUUUCUGUCUCAGUCAUGGAGAUAUACAAUGAGCAGCUUAGAGAUCUCCUGAGCGAUGAUCCCCAGUACAAACUGGAGAUCAAGCUGCACCCUGACGGCAGUGGCCUGUACGUCCCAGGUCUCUGCGAGGUGGAGGUGGGCAGUGUGGAAGACGUGAAUGAGGUCUUCAGACGGGGCAAGCGCAACCGUGCCACUGCCACCACUGACAUGAACGAGCACAGUUCUCGUUCUCACGCUCUCCUCUGCGUCAAAAUUGCGGGAAUCAACAAGGCCUCUGGAAAGAGAUACAUAGGCAAGCUGAACCUCGUGGACUUGGCAGGCUCGGAGCGAGUCAGCAAGUCGGGCUCCGGCGCCGACUCGGCCCGGCUUAAGGAGGCCCAGAACAUCAACAAGUCGCUCUCCUCUCUGGGCGACGUCAUCUUUGCACUGCGCACCAAGCAGGGUCACAUCCCCUACCGGAAUUCCAAGCUGACUUACCUGCUACAGGAGUCACUCGGUGGAGACAGUAAGACGCUGAUGGUGGUUCAGAUUUCACCUGUCUUAAAGAAUGUGAGCGAGUCACAGUGCAGUCUGUCAUUUGCCCAGAGAGUGAGGGCAGUGGAACUGGGCGCAGCCUCCAAGCGCACAGAGUCUGCCGAGGUUGCUGCGUUGAAGGACCGGUUGGCGCAGUAUGAGGAUGGGCCAUCUUCUGGUUAUCACUCCUCGCCAACUAGGAGCAACAGGAGCACACCGACACGGACCCCUCGUAGCAAUCUAAGGCGAUAGUCCCUGACCCAUCACUCUCCCUGCAACGGCCCCAUUACAGAGCACCGAGGGUACCCAAGGAAAGCCCAUUGUAGUACCCAAGGUGAAAGUUCCCCGAUCCGAGAAUCCUGCACACAGCAGUACUGAACUAAGAGCAGCAUGGGUACAUCAACGAGAGCCCGUUGUGGCACCCCAGUAUGGUAAAACAGCACCCCAAGACUGCACCCAAUUAGAGAAGGAGUGUGCGUAGACACAUGAAUCUUAUCUAGUUACUCCAGGACACUAAAUUCCUUUCACAAGAACAUCCCGUGAGCACAUUACACAUGUACAUGUUCAUCUAUUUAUUCAAUUCAAUGUAAAAUUGUGGUACCAUUUAACUUAAAGUAUAUAUGCUUUCAGCUGCCAACUCUUUGGGAUGAUCGGGAUCAUUCAAGUUACUCUGUGGUCAUCUCUGCCCAUUUUCUGGGCAGUGAACCCUGAGCUGGUCCAAGAGAGAGUGCAGUUUUCCUGGUAAUGGAGGCUCCUUUGGUAGUAACUACGCAUCUAGUUCAUGAAAGACUUUGAAAUGCAAGCGUUGCAGUGGCGUCGCUGCCACCAACAUGGCUCUUUUCAACCGCUGAGGGGGUGCUUCUGCUCAGGGCGGAUAACUUGUCACCGUUCUUCUGAAUGGUAUAUUCAUGAACUAGAAAUUUGUUAACAAAUAUCAACUCCAAUGCACGGGCAAGCGUACUGGCAAGACGUCACAGUGGUGUCGUCGGAAAGGAAAUCACACAAACAUUGUACGUGGUACUUUAGGUUGUGUAUUCCCUCAGUUAACAUUAUCUUGCCUUGUGACUUAAUAUCUCAUGUUCAUAUGUUGUAUGUUGUAAUUUGUUAACAAAUAUCAACUCCAAUGCACGGGCAAGCGUACUGGCAAGACGUCACAGUGGUGUCGUCGGAAAGGAAAUCACACAAACAUUGUACGUGGUACUUUAGGUUGUGUAUU